GUCAGUUCUUGCAUUUGUUCGAUUACAUGAAUUUGAUUAAAACUGUUGGAUCGAGUCGAUUUCUUCCAGUGAACCUUCCUUCUCUCGGUCUAUAUGUCAAAGGAUCGCUAGGGAUUACGAAAUGCUGUGAUAAUGGAUCAGCAAGAAUCGCCAAUGUCUUCAAGGAUCAAUACAGCAACUAAUGAUCGGGAAAAGAAGCAUACUAUUACUGUGGAUGAAAAACUUACCAAAAAGGCGGUGAGGCAUGAUACUUAUGAUGAGGAAGACUGUAGCUAUAUGCUACGUGUACUCGAAAAGGAUGCUUUCUCAGCGGUUGUUUCCGCUUUUCGUGCUCAAGGAAUGCUGAAUAAUUAUAAAAGCGUAUUACUGCAGCAUCUGAAAACAGCUUUAUUCAUAUCUGAUGAAUCUUAUCAUGCUGAAAUACGACAAGCAGCUAGUGAUGAAGUGUUGACGAAAAUAGCGCAAACUUUGAGUCCAUCGUAUGAUACAUAUGCACAGUGGGGAAUUGAAGGCUUGGAUCCAAUACCACAUUAUGACGAAAUUCCCAUUCAAGAGGAUAUUGCUGAUGACAGUGAUAUAGACCAAAAUAUUGCAAAUGAUUUGCUGAGACUUGCGAAGACACAUAAUGAAAGGCUGCGCGAUGCAAAUAUCGCACUGCAUGAAAUGAUUGCACUACCCAAAGCUCCAUACGUCCCAGAAAGAUUGCGCUUAUUACUCCGUGAGACGGAAAACGAUUAUGAAGGACGUAUUGAUACGCUGCAUUCUGGUGAAGAUGAGAGCAGUACACGAACUUCUCGCGUAAACUCUGGUCUCAUCAAAACUGAAACAUUGCCAUUCGAUGAAACUCAGCAGUUCACAAGAAUAACUCAGAGUGCAGAGGAAUUAUAUGUUGGUAAUUCAAACCAAAAAACGGCGCUUUAUUAUGACAUGACACCAUCAACAAGUACAGCACGUCCAAGUUCCCUUGAAUUGACGACAUCCUGCCCAUCUUCGAGUUCCAGUUCAACUCCAAUUAUUACUUCCGCUGAUCAAGCUUUUGUAUCGAAGUGUGGUGCUCAAGAUGAUGAAGAUUUCGAUUCACAGAUCGCUGGAGAAUACGUAAAACCGAAAAAACGGCGGCGCGAUUUAUCUGCCACAUGUGCGCGGGUACUACCAUUCAGAUUCCAAUCGCCAGCUCCAGGACAAAAAACUAAACCCAUUCGCGGGAAUCCUGAUCGACGGCCACCAAGACAGGCAUCGCCACCAGGCAUCUCAAGUUUCACCUCUACAUCGUCAUUGCCAAGCAAUACGUCAGUCAUCGGUACUCACUCCUCUCAUACGACAGCACUGCCAGCGUUUCGUAACAUACCCACAAGUUCCACCGCAAACAGUUCCGGGAGAUUUCAUCAAGUCCCUCAUCUGUUCACCUCAGGUGUGGUGAUAAAGCGUACCCGAACACUGUCGUCCGGAGGGAAUGAACCUGCAGUCUUAGAUGGAAGUUCUACUUUCCAUCGACAUCUAUCUAACGCCCAGAAUGUAUAUAGGAUACAGCAGCCAGUACAGCGAGCGUACAUAAGGUCGUCCAGUGGACAGCGUUUUUAUGCAUCACCAAUAGUAUCAACCUACAAUAAUCCAACUCGACCUUAUUACGGCAAUCCAAAUACUGUUGUUGGAUUCAUGCGUUCAUUACCGUCGAAUUCGCCGCGUUCCUCCUACACUAUAUCAUCUGGACCGAGUACAUCAUCUGCUUGCCAUUUACAGCCACAAACAAUAACUUCGAGUGAAAUUCAGCGUUUAGUUGCUCAGGCUGCUGCAUUUGGUCAACCACAACAGUAUCGUACCGUUAGAAGACCGCCACCUCGACCGGUCGUUCUAUCCAGUACAUCACGCUUUUCAGUCACAAAUCAGCGCCAAGGAUUUUCGACUUCAGUCACGCCUUUUAUAAAUUCAACCGAGAUGACAGGAGAGAAUUCGUGUUCUGUACAGCAGCAGCAGCAGCUAACUGUUCAUCCAGCACCUCGAGUAACCCGUCGUACCUUACCAUCAUCAUCCGUAGUUGCAGCAGCAACACAGCGUACACAUACCGUUCCUGCUACAACACUUGAUGAUAACACCUCCCUCGUAACCAAUACGCACUUAAAACACAUUGAUAGUGGUAAUCUGGAGAUGCAGCAAACCGAUCUAGACACCAUCGUAGCUGUUAAUUCCAUAACACAAGGUAACGAUGGAACAGUGGAGCAGAAACGUGGAACAGAUAUGGAUAGGUCAGUAGUUGCAGCAAAUCCAGUUGAGACUGCAUCACAAGGUGCUAUCAACGAGGAAGUUCCCAUGAUUGUUAGUUAUCGUGCAGAGAAUCAGGAUGGAAAUCUUAAUCGUGCCAGUCAUUUGGUGCCGGAACAAUAUGCCAAUGGUCUAAUUCAUCAAGAAGGGCAAAAUGUGAUUAAUUAUGUCACUGCAUCACAUUGUAUUCAAUGACAUUAGUUAUCAUCGACUUUAUUGCUCUUUUACACACUAUAUUUAUAGAUUUCAAGUUGUGGAACUAUUUGUACUCUGAAUUUUUAUUGUAUUAAUGUUGAUCAUCGUGAUGAAAUAAUUGAAUAUUGUUUAUGUCGAUUCGGUUUCUUGACGAAUGGUUUUGUCACGUCAUGUGCGGCC